UCUGACUCGAACAAGAUGCCUGAGGCAGGGAAAGCAUCCAAGAAGGGCUCUAAGAAAGCCGUCCCUAAGCCCAACAAGAGUGGCAAGAAGAGGAGGAGGACCAGGAAGGAGAGCUACGCCAUCUACGUGUACAAGGUCCUGAAGCAGGUCCACCCCGACACCGGGAUCUCCUCCAAGGCCAUGGGCAUCAUGAACUGCUUUGUGAGUGAUAUCUUUGAGCGCAUCGCCGGUGAGGCCUCCCGUCUGGCUCACUACAACAAGCGCUCCACCAUCACCUCCAGGGAGAUCCAGACCGCUGUCCGCCUGCUGCUGCCCGGGGAGCUUGCCAAGCACGCCGUGUCUGAGGGCACCAAGGCUGUGACCAAGUACACCAGCUCCAAGUAAAACUGCUGUGAACCAGCAACC